AUUCCCGGGAAUUCCCCCCGGCAGCCCCUGGAUUCGCUGCACGAGAAGGGCCUGGCCGAGGAUCCGCGUUACGGGACCAUGAAGGGGAUGGGGCUGCGCCCGGGGGGCCACGCGGGGAUGGGACCCCCCCCCAGCCCCAUGGACCAGCAUUCCCAAGGUUACCCGUCGCCCUUGGGCGGCUCGGAACACGCCUCCAGCCCGGUUCCAUCCAACGGCCCCUCGGGGGGCUCCGGGGGCGGCUCCGGGGGUUCCCUGGAGGGCUCCGGGGGCGGCUCCGGGGCGGAGGCCCCGUCUCUGGGCCCGGGGGGCCGUGGGGCCGCGUCCCCCUUCAACGCUGCGCAGCUGCACCAGCUGCGGGCUCAGAUCAUGGCCUACAAGCUGCUGGCGCGGGGGCAGCCGCUCCCGGAGCAUCUCCAGGUGGCCGUCCAGGGAAAACGGCCCCUGCCCGGGAUGCAGCCCCAGAUUCCCGCUCUACCUCCGCCCGCCGGAGCCGCCCAGGCCGCGGGAACAGCGCCCGGAGCGGGGCCGGCACCGCCCGGAUACUCCAGACCUCACGGUGAGGGA